AGCUUUUUCAUUGGCGGAACUUGGAAGUGCAGAAGUGCAGCACCCGUACAGUUGAUGGCGUGUACAAGACACAAGAUGGCUGAGAGUGAAAUCACUGCCAGGCACUGGAGAAGUAGGUUUGCUGUACUGCCCUCCUCAGAGUGUAUCAGUGCCACCAUUUAGAAGAAGUGACACAACAUAUUGACUUUCCUUUUUGCAGAUGUUUAACUGCUUAAAGUCUAUUUGUGUGAAAGCUGUUCUUGAUUGUAUUAUACAGUGAACUGUUGUGUUUGUUCUUUGGUCUGGGGGAUUAUAUGCUCAGGAUUGUGUUUAUAGUGAGAAGUCUUGGACUCUAUAAUUUAAUAAGGGUAGCUUUUUAUGUUGUUAAUUAUUCAGAAUAUGCAACAUUAUUUUUGUAUGAAAGCUGCUGGUAUAUAAUUCUACAUUUUUAAAUGAAAGCUGUUUGUGAUUUUGGUACAGCAAAAUGUUUGUUUUUUUGUUUGUUUUUGUCUGAAGAAUUAUAUUGCUCAUCGCAUGUAACAGGUGACUACAUGUGUGUAGCUACAGGCACACCUUUCUUUUCCUGUUGGUUCUUUGCAAAGCUGGGAUGUUUGCUGACAAGUGUAACCUUCCAAUUGACUUCCAUAUCUCUUCCAUUUGUUUUAUUAUUAAUAGAUAUUGGAAAUAAAUUCAGAAUUGAUCAUUGCUACUAAUACUUUGCUUUAGAAGUCACACAGUGAGGAAAUAAAGAAAUCCAGUAUAUAUAAAAAAGAAAAUGCAUCAAGAUGUAGAGAUUCAAACCUCUAAUGGUUAGGAUUGAUUAAUGAUAAAACUGAUUGCAGGUCAUGUCGCCCAGUUCUGAUAACAGAUAAAGACAUCUGAAACCUGUACAAAUCACAACCAUCUGCAUGGAUAACAUUACUAGAUGUAAGGAAGCUGCCAUUGAUUGGGCACCGAUGUUGUUAUUGGCUGAUAUGUGUUGUAAAAAGUUUGAUCGGUGGGCCCUAUCAGAAGAUCUGAUCAGAUUAACGAGACAGUUUGUCCGUUUGCCACUUAAAUACCACACAUAACACGGAACACUGCUGCACGCCUGCUGCCUGCUCCUCCUGGUGUAAACAGCGUGAUGUAUUUCUCUUGCUCCUGCCAGCUAGCCGUUUGUGAGUGACUGGAUAGAAGGACCGGUCCCACAGACCGGAUCUCAUAAUGUUUGGUCACGUGCUGACAGGCCAGACAGUGAUUAUAACUACCUCUGACACAGUACUGAGGAAAGACAUCAGUUUAUCAUUUGGCAUUGUCUGUUCACAUUUUCUGUCGCCAUUGUUGGUUCAGGCCUUGUACCACGAGAGCAGACAGCUAAUGGAGCUAACAGCUGACUGAGCUAACAGCUUACAGCUGAACUAAACACAGCAGAGCUGUCCAGAGGAACAAGAAGUGUUAAACAGUGAACUGAGUGAGUUGAGUAUAGAAAACUGGAUCAUCCCCAUGGUGUAUGCUGGCCAUGUGUCCUGUGUGGCAUGGCUGCAUCCAUACUGGGCCCAGCAGAUCAGAGAGGGAGAGCACAGGAUGGCUGUAGGAAGAGACUUGUCCACCACCACCAUCAGGCUGACCAGUACAGACAACUACUUUCUCAGUGAUGGUCUGUACGUUUCUGAGGAUCAGCUUGAGAACAGUAAACUUCUCAGACUGGAUGUGGUCAAGGUCAAUCCUGUCAAAGCAAGUCACGGGUCAGCUUCAGAAAAGAAAACAGAAGAGGACACAGAGAGAUGGUUUGUCAAGAGAGCACGAACAGAGGAAGAUAAAGGUGCACAAGCCAGCUGCUCUCAGUCCCUCUCAAGAUGUACAGACACACUGCAGCCAGAAGAGAGCAGCAGUGGGACAAAGUUGGUGGAUGAUGAUGAUGAUGAUGAUGAUGGUGAUGAUGACGGAUCCACGAGUUAUGUUGUUAAGAGAAUAUCUGCAUUUCUGAGUGAGACCGAGCCGUACAUCUUGGACAUUGAUUUGGAUUUCUUUACAUGUAAGAAUCCCUUCAAGGAGUUAUAUACACAGGAAGAGUUCACCAUCCUUCAGGAGCUCUACAACUUCCAAGGACCCGGCCCUGAUGCAGAUAAGGAGGAGCUUGAUGCGUGUGUGGAUCGUCGCAUACAUCAGCUAGAAGACUUGGAAGCAGCUUUUGCUGACCUGCUAGAGGAUGAUGGGGAAGAGACAGUUACACGCUGGGCGAGAAACCCUGGCAUGGCUUCCUUAACCCAACUGGUUUCCAGUCUGAGGUCGAGAAACCUGUGCCCUGACUAUGAAAUGGUGCAUCAGGCGGGGUUAACCUGUGACUCUGUUGAGCUGCCUCACCACAUCAGCACUGAUGAAGAGAUCGACAGACUUGUCUCAGCUGUACAGCUGCUUCUGAAGGCUCUGCCCAAACCUACACUGGUGACUAUGUCGAGGUCAAGUCUAGAUGAGUACUGCCCAGUGGAGCAGGUGGAUUCUGUCCAGACGAGAGUGCUGGCUGUACUGGAAAGCCUGUAUGGACCACUGGAUUUGCACAAAGACUUUGAAAACAACAGCACAGAAACUCUGGUCCCUUAAAGCAGAAGUUCUCCAUGUUUUAUGUGGAUAUAUCCCAAUCAGUGUUAAUGGUAAAUAAAGUAAAUUUGGGUAAUAAAUUC